AUGUGCCGCAAGGAGGCGAAGGAGGCGGCCUCCCACAUGGAUGAGUUCAAAGCUGCUGGUGCCACUCGUGUGGUUGCCCUGGUGAAGGAAAACUUGGAGAACGAGGUCCAAGAGUUCCGCGAGUUCUGGCCCGGUGAAGUUUGCAUGGACAAGGAGAUCCAGUUUUUCAAAGCCCUCGGCGGAGGGGAGACGCACCAGCCCCUGGGACUAUUCUCGUUCAUCGGCAUGAUGCUGAACCCCUUCAGCUCCAGCAAGACCAAGGCCAACAUCAAGAACACCUCAACUCCCGGAAACAUGAAAGGCGAGGGCUUCAUCGCUGGUGGCUGCUACGUCCUGAACAAGGAUGGGACCCCGGCCUUCAGCCACCUAGAGGAGAACCUGGGCGACCACGCAAAGCCGGAGGACAUCGUCGCAGCCUUGCAGACGGCUUCGAAGAUGUAG